AUGUCAGAGUUAUUAAAAGAAGCUAAGAUCAGUCGUAGAAAUGCCAAAGCAACGUUAACCAGAGCAGGGAAAACAUUAAGACAUACACUCCACGUACAGCGACCAGCAGAGGAGGUUAAACAAUCGCUAACUAAGCUACAAGAAGCAUAUGAAAAAUUGAUAACUAAACACGAAGAACUUACUAAAUUAAUCGAAGACGAUGCAGAAUUCGAAACGGAAGAAGCCUGGCUAGCCGAUUGUCAGGAAGCUUUUAUGAAUUUUGAGAUAGAAGGCAAAAAACAUCUAGAUGAAGCUGCAAAACAAGUAAGCAAAGAAAAUAUAACGAACAGUCAGCCUAGUGCAAGUGACGCUCAUAACGAAAAUAAUAGCGACCAAAAUGAAAACAACAAUGUUAAUUUAGAGCAAGUUUUGGCAGACAACGCCCUGUCUGUCUCAACCGGAAGUCAACCUGUCACGACGGGGGGAGAGGUACCCACUGAAAACACAGCGCGUGCGGAUUUAAGAUGGAAAAACCAAAAUUGCCUAAAUUUUCGGGAGAUGUACGGGUGUACGCAAUAUUUAAAGCCUAUUUUAAGCAUGCUAUUGAACCAAGGUCCUCUAAACGUGAUGCUGUAACACUUUUAUGAACAUGUUUAAACGGAAGACCACUUGAACUGAUUAAGGGCAUCGGAACAAAUUACGAUGCAGCUUGGGAAUACUUGGACUCGAUUUACGGUUAUCCUAGAGUAGUAUCAGAUACAGUAAUGCAAGAUAUAGUCAAGUUUAGAGCAGUAAAUAGUGACGAAGAUGGCCGAUUUUGUGAACUUGUACACUUGGUAAAGAGAAGUUAUAACACGUUAAAGGAAGUUGGUUUGCCAAAUGAUAUGGAUAACAGCCACAUGUUAUCGAUCAUUGAAAAAAAGAUGUGUGUUGACGAUAGAAAAGUUUGGUCACGUGACCUCGAGAAAGACAAGAAAACAGCAUCGUUACAUGGCUUAAUGACAUGGAUGAAUGUCGAGAUGAAGUCCAGAAUGAGAGCGUCUGCACCAUUGAGAACAAGUACCAAACAUUCAAUCAAUCAUUUAAAGCAAUUCCAGGGAGGCGAAGACCAAUUCUCAAACCACCGAUGUUGGCUUUGUAAAACGUCAUCCCAUUGGGUGGAUCAAUGUCCGAAGUUUUCGUCCUUAAAUCAUGACCAACGCCUACAAUGCGCAAGAGAACACCACGCCUGUUAUAGCUGUUUAAAGAGAGCCAGUAGAAACCACCGGAUGUCGAACUGUUCUCGAAGAAAACAAUGCAUGGAAAAGGAAAAUGGUGUCCAGUGUGUGCAUUUCCAUCACCCCCUCUACCGAAAUGGUAGCCAAAGAGCAGAUGUUACUUCAGUUACGACGGACCAAGAAGCCUUACUUCCAGUCAUUUCAGUGAAUAUUGAUGGAGAAAACAACCUGUACAAGCGUGGCAACGUAUUAUUGGACUCUGGAGCUCAAUUAAGUCUUAUACGUCAGGAAACAGCAGAAACCCUUGGACUAGAAGGAGAUAACAUUUCGAUUACGUUGACGAAAGUUGGAGGCGAAGAGGAAGAAAUCAGUACGAAGGUCUACAAAAUUCAAGUUAGCCCACCAGACAGCAACAAGAGAUUUGUUAUAAAAGCAGUCAGUAUCCCUACCAUCAGUGUUGAUAUCGCUGGAAUCAAGACAAAGGAGAUUGCAAAACAGUUGGGAUUGAAAGAUAAGAUUCACCGUGGUAAAGGACCCGUUGACAUUUUAAUCGGUAUUGAUCAUCCGAGCAUGCACACCGGAGAAACUAAACAAGUCGGAGAUUUAGUAGCAAGAAGCUCACCUUUAGGAUGGGUUAUAUUCGGAGCCAAACCAGGAGAAACACUGCGAGCCAGCCAGAUAUUUCAUAUCAAAUACACAGCCCCUCUAAAUUUAUCAGAAUUCUGGACGACGGAAUCAAUGGGAGUGGCAGUAGAGUUGUGUCAAUGCACUGCGAGCAAACUUAGCCCGACCGAGAUAGAAGAGACAAGGAUUACCGAAGAUUCAUGCAAGAAAGUAGGUGACCAGUGGAUGGUGUCAUAUCCUUGGGAGAAAGAUCCGAAGGGACUACCUGAUAACAAACAGGCAAUGAAAAGACUCGAAGCGACGGAAAGCAGACUCGGAAAGCAGACUCGAAAGGAAUCCUGAACAUGCAAAAGCGUACGAUAUGCAGAUAAUGGAGAUGAACAAUCUGAACUUUGCAAGAAAACUUGAAGAAAAAUAAAUAAAUGAUUAUAACGGUCCUAUUCAUUACAUCGCCCACCACUCGGUAGUCAAAUCUCAAAGCAAAAGUACACCCAUCAGGAUAGUCUUCAACUCGUGCUCUGUGUACCAAGGUCAGUGCCUCAACGAUUAUUGGCUCAAAGGUCCAGAUUUACUUAACAACUUAUUCGGAGUCAUCCUACGAUUCAGAGAAAACAAAGUGGCAUUGAAUGCAGAUAUCUCAAAGAUGACCAUAGGGUGCUAAUUCCACUUGAAGAUCAGCACGUCCACAGAUUUCUAUGGAGGAACAUGGAGACAAACAGACCACCUGAUACAUAUGUUAUGAAUGUGAUAACUUUCGGUGAUAAACCUGCGCCAGCUAUGGCCCAAAUAGUGUUAAAGAAGACGGCUGUAGAAGGUGAAGCUAUGAAUCCCAGAGCAGCGCAAAUGGUGAAAGACAAUACGUAUAUGGACGACAUAUUAGAUUCGGUUAACACUGUAAAAGAAGCGGAGGAGCUUUCACGUGCAAUCGAUGACAUACUUGCAAACGGCGGUUUCAAGGUGAAGGAAUGGCGAUCUAACGAAGAUCUAAACAAAAACAAUGCAAGAAAUGGAAGAAAUCAAGGUCCCUCAAGGAACAUCAGAGGAGAAUGUACUCGGUGUCGUGUAGAACAACAGUGAUGACAUGUUGAAAUACAAAGUUGUACCUGACAUCCUGAAGUCCCGAGGUGCAUUUGGAACUUGUGCAUAUAUCAGAAGCGUGGAUGUGAGCGGUUUAGUUGCAGUGAAAUUCGUAGCAGCCAAGUCACGAGUCGCUCCACUGAAGGAGUUAAGUAUUCCGAGACUAGAACUUCAAGCAGCGGUACUGGCUAGUAGGUUAUGCAAAACCAUACAAGAAACGCGAAUGCAGUUCAAAGAAAUUAUCCUGUUCACGGACAACACAAUUAUGUUAGCAUGGAUUCGUAGCAAAGGAAGACGUUUUAAGCCAUUCGUAUCAAGCAGAGUCGGAGAGAUUCAGAGCAAUGUACAACCCUGUCAAUGGAGACAUAUUCCUAGUGAGAGCAACGUUGCUGACGACGUUUCCCGUGGAAUAACGGUCGUUGAAUUAUCGGGCAGAUGGAAAGAAGGACCAGAUUUUCUACGCAAACCUACGGAGGAAUGGCCACAUGAAGAUUUCAAACCAGAUGUCAAAGAAGUUGAGAAAGAAGUUAGGAAGAAACAAACGGUAGCAUCCGCAGCAGUAACGACAGCGAAAGAGAGUGUUAUAGAUUGCAAUGUAUAUUCGACAUGGAAGAAUUAAUCAGAGUCACUGCAUGGGUAUUAUGGUUAAAGAAUAACCUGAUGGCGAAAAUAAAGCCUGGUAACGAAGCGCGCAAAGCCAACCAAGCACCCUUGACACCAGAGGAGCUCGAACAAAGUCGCAUUUACUGGAUCAAGCACACCCAAACGAGUUUGGAAGAAAGAGUAAAGAAAAACGAGUUCAAGAUGCUGACUCCAUUUGUUGAUGCUGACGGUAUUAUACGAGUCAGAGGACGUGUAGAUAAUGCAGUCGUUUCUUAUGAAACAAAGCAUCCUGUAUUAUUACCGUAUAGCCACAGAGUAUCUCGUCUUAUUACAGAAGAAGCCCACCGAUGUGGACAUUCGGGGAUUGCAACAACAGCCGCUAAAACAAGACGUAUGUAUUGGAUAAUACGAGUUCACGACAUCGCCAAAGCUGUCAAAUUCAAGUGUGUCGUUUCUUCAAAUGAAUAA